ACUUGAGGAUGGGCCACAGAGGAGGAGGAGCUGAAAGGCGUUUUGUCGCAAAGGGAGACGGGACAGUGAUCAUAGUAGAGGAACCACCAGGGAAACAGUCACGCGACAUGGGAGUGCCUCCGCCAAGGCCGUUGGGAAGGGAGAUCGGGAAUGGGAAGAUGGGACCCAUACGUCCUGGCGAUAUUGGAAGCCAACAAAUGCCUAUCGACAUUGAUGAAGAUAGCUCAUCGGCAGGGGAGCAGCCAUGCAACCGGAAUGGACGGAUAGUGAAACGGCCGCCUCUUGCCAAGGAGGAAAAGACGUUUUCGAAAUCGCGUUUGAUUGCCAACACAUUGAAACAGGAGCCUCCACAGGACCGAGCACAGAAAGAGCGGGGUGGGAGAGAGCGAUGUCUGAUAUGUCGGCGUGCAGCAUGCUUGAAGGGUUCCAAGCUUCUUCGCUGCAAUUUGUGCCCACGGUCUUGCCACAUGGCUUGUCUGGGCUCUACUGGGGACAAUGAUGCAGCAGCGAAAAGCACUCAGGCAAAUUUCAGAUGGCAGUGUGCAAAGUGCCAUCUCAAGGAAUCGGCAAGGGUGAAAAGACUUCAGGAGCAGGAAGAUCGGAUGAGGAGAAAACAGAUGCAGCAGAUUGCAAAGCAGGAAGAAAAGGAGGAAAGGGAACGUUAUCGACUAGAGCAAAAAGAGGAGCGGGAGCGAAAGAAGCAGGAAGACCGGGAAGAGAAGUCCAGGCACCGUGUGGAGGAGCGGGAGAGAAGAAGGAAUGAAAAGAUGAUGGCAAAGCGGAGGAACUGGCAAUAUCCAGUGGAGGAUCUGGAGCUACAGGAUGACGAAGAAGCAAAUGAGGCUGCAUCAGGCAUAGAGGGUGCCCCUUGCCUGGCCUUGGUUAAACAGCAGCGUCCAGAGCCGCAGCCUGUGGAACGGCUUCUUGUACCCAGUGCAUUUGGGGCUGGAAAGUUGACGCCUUGGUUGUUUGGGACUAUGCUGGAAGUGUGGGACUUCUGCCAAGGUGUUGGGAAGAAGCUGAAGUGCCCACAGCUGGGCCUUGUUGAAUUCAUGACUGCAGUCAGCAUUUCCAGCAGAAGCCAUAUGUUGGGGGAUCUGUAUGUGAGUCUUCUUAGGGCGUUGCUUGACAUUGGAGCCGGACAGACCCCUGGUGGUCGGGAGGGAGCAGGUGUGAGCGAAGAGACCCUUGCUCGCUGGGCACGACUUCUUGACUCGACCACAUGGCCAGAGCUAGUUAGGAGGUAUUUUGUAAGGGGCUACUACCAGCUGUGUAAGACUGUGAAGCAGGCAGUGCAGAAGUUGGGUUGUGUUAAUUACUGGGAGUUGGAUUGUGAGAGCCAUCUUGCACUGCUGAAGUGCCUAUGUGAUGAUAUCCUUGAUGCUGAUAGUAUGAAACAGUUCUUGGAGAGUCAGAUGGAGGCAGCAAUCGUCCUUUGCAAAGGCAAGCGUGCUGAAGAAAUGGAGGAACGACGGAUAAAGAAUGAGGAGAAGCGUAGGGAGAAGGAUCUUAGGGCUGCUGAAAGGGAAGAACGCUUGGCCGCUUGGAGAGCAAGAAUGGCAACAAUGGCAGCUGUGAAUGGCAGCCAAGAGGGAGCCGGGUCAAUUGAAAAUGCGGUGGACGGAAAGCAAGAGCCAACUUUUGAAGUCCCUGAACAUAUACGAGAAUUCAAAGGUGACCACCGUGACAGGCGUGCUGUGCUAGCACAUAAGGAGAUGGUGCGGCGGGAGGAAGAGCGCUUGCAAAGGUUGAAGGUGGACUACAUGAGGAAAAAAGAGAAAGAGCAGAGAGCUGCUAAAAAGGCCAGGGAGGACGAGCAGCGCAAGGCAGAGGAGGCCGUGAAACUUAGGGAAGAGAGAGAGAAGAAGAGAGAAGAGACAUUCGAAAGGGAGAUGUGCAAGCUUAUAUUGAGAGCACAGCCACUUGGGAAAGACCGGUAUCAUAAUCGGUAUUGGUGGUUUCCAGCAGAGUCGUGUGUGCUAUUUGUUGAAGAGUCACUCAAAGGGCUGGGUUUUCCAGAUGAGAAUGGUGCGGGUUAUGUUGAUGCAGAUGGUCAGUUGCAGCAGCAACAAUGGUGGGGCUACUCGACCAAGGAAGAAUUGGAUGCGCUAAUCAAAUCUCUUAAUCCGAAGGGAAUACGUGAGAAUGCAUUGCAGGCUUCAAUCACACAUGUUUAUGACAAGAUUUGCGAGGCAACUAAGAAUAAGAAGUUAGGUGUAGAUGGAAGCCAGAGUUUGGAGGAAGUUCCAGAGGGAACGUUGGAAAACGAGCAGAAGGCUGAUGGCUGUGACAAGGAGGCCAUGAAGAUGCAAACAACAAUUGAAGGCGUGCUGGUGACCUUGCAGGAACAGCUGGAGGGUUUUGGACAGCGACCACAAGGAGGAUGGAGUGGCUGGAGGCGACGACUUCGAAGUUCCCCAACACUUGAGGAUUUCAAGUACUUGCUUCUCCGACUAGAGGAGAUCGUCGUUGAAAUGGGUGGAAGUUCAGCUCAUGCCAGCAAUGGACAUGUAGAAGAAGAGGAGAAUCAUGUCAAUGCAGGUGCCUCUGAGACAGAUGGUCCAGAGCCAGAGGUCAACCAGCCAACCGUCAGCGAGCUGGAGGAUGAGGAAGAGCUGACAGAUGGAGAAGAGUCUUCCAGGGACUCCAGGCUGUGGCACAUGCCAGCGAUUCGGAAAGCCUGGCAGCGGGAAGUGGAGUCUGCUGCAACACUAUCAUGCUUGGUGUAUGCGUCCCAAUCCCUCUGUGAGAGAGCACUGCAGGUCUUUGAGGUCAAGAACUCCGGGAAACGAGCUGCUAGGGGAAAACGCUCGGCAUCAGCCUACCUCAAUCAAGUGGAAUCACGUCACAAUAGGAACGAGACCUCCGGCGAGGACAGUAGUGCAGAAGAGGAGGAAGAGGAGGAGGAGGAAGAGGAGGAGGACGACCGAGAAGAGGAGGAGGAUGCGAGUGAAGAGGUUGACAAGGAUCAUAGUGAGGAAGAGGAUUCGUCCAGCAAGGAUGAAGAAGAGGAUGAGACUACCAGCAGCUCAGAGAGUACAAGUGAUUCUGACAGUAGCAGUGGUGAUGGUGAGGAAUCGAGUCAUAAGUCCGAACAGCAGGACAGGCGAGGAGUGAAGAGAAAGUCCAGGGCAGAUGCGACGGCUGGAGGGGUGAGGAGAGGCAGGAAGCCAAAAUCUGCAAAACCAGCUGUCAGUGUCGACCGCUGGCCUGAAGUUUGCUCCAAAUGCCAUAGGAAGGGAAAAUUGAUAUGCUGUGACGGAGACGGCUGCACGUAUGCGAUUCACAAAGGUUGCGCACGUUUGCGACAAGUUCCCAGGGGUAGGUGGUUCUGCUUCUCUUGCCAAGGGCGCCAAGGGCAAGGGCCAUCCGGCAACGGUGUAGCAAGAAGGCGUGGAAGGCCUAAGGGGGUCACAUCUAGUAAAAAGGCUCAUUCACAGAGGAAUGAUAGUACUUCAGGGAGGAGGGCUGGCAGAGGAAACAGAUCAGGCAAAUCGCAACAAACUGCGAAUGACAGUUCAAGUGAAAGCGAUGACAGCAGCUCUGAGGAGGAACCAGGUAUGAAGAGGAAUGGGAUUAUGAUGCAGGGGUGUGAGGGAGGGAAGGUGAAUGCGUCUGCGGGAACAGGGGAGGUUGCUGAUGACUUGCCUCCUAGGAGGAGGGGGAAGCGCAAAAUGGAGCGCUCGGAAGCAACAGAUGAGCGGGCAAGCGGAAGUAAGAGAGGACGAGGAUCUGAAGGUCAGCCAAAUGAACUGCCUUCAGAAAGAAGCGGCUCGAUGAAGAGUAGGAGUAAUGGAGCAGAGGAAAAGCAAGAUGCCAACAGUAUGGACGCGAGGACAGAGGAGGCGGGAGGUGUGUGCACACAGUGUCAGAAAGAAGGGCAACAGUUACUGAGAUGCAGCACGGAGAACUGCUCGACAGCUCUUCACUUGGAUUGCGCCAGACUACGUUCCAUGCCGAAAGGCAUGUGGAUAUGUUUUAGCUGUAGGGAAAAUGCUUCAAAGGCCCGCAAAGCACAUUGAAGAUUGGCGGCUUCACGAUUGUCUGUAAGAUAAAUGGGCCUUCUCUCUGCAGUAGUGAUUUUUUGAUAGUAGUAGCCAAACAUCCAAGCCUUUGCAUCUUUCGAGUCCACUCCCACUUCUUCUUCCUUUUGUGUAUUGACCAGUGAUUUUGUCUGUCUUGAUGGCCCUUCCACCAACAGGUUGGCAUCGACCCGUACUGGGUCAGUUGUUAUGUGGUCAGGUUGUUUGCCUCUGGCUGCUGAAGGGUAACUGGGAUUCUUGCGAAGGAGUUUGUUGUUCAACAGCCUAUAAACAGUUGGUUGUGUCCAUGCCUGCAUGCAUGCGGUGAGCCUAAUAGCCAAUCUUGAUGGGUGGGGGAUUCCGAUCUUCGGUAAGGAAGUUUCAGAGUCAAGUUGGAGAGGAUUCAACCAGGCUUCGUUUUAAGGUUGAAUCCUCAGUCUGCCUUUUGAUUCGGAGGAGCUGCAUUGUUCG